AUGUCGAAGGAUAAUCUUCAGUCGUUCGUCAAGCCCUGGCUACCUGUGAACAAGGCCAACUCGUUAUGGGUCCUGAAGAAUGCGAAAAUCGUGGACCCUGUCGAGGGCAGGAUUCUCGAGCCGGCCACGGUGUAUAUUACAGCAGGCGUGAUCCGCGGCAUUGUCAUCGGGGACGAGCAGUUGGAGCCUGAACCUGCGUCGACUGCGCGGGUGAUUGAUCUCGCUGGCAAAUACGUCUGUCCCGGUCUGAUCGACAGCCAUGUGCACAUCAACGCCGUGCCGGGCGACCUCGAUCUGCGGCAUACGAUGGCCACGCCCGCAGAGCAGAUCCACUUCCGCAUGGUGUACGUCUGCCGCGAUAUGCUCUACCGUGGAUUCACCACCGUUCGCGACUGCGGAGGUGCUCCUCUGGCUCUGAAGGAGGCCUGCGCUGAAUGGGUGAUUGCCGGACCGCGCAUCCACAUUGCCGGCCAUGCGCUGAGCCAGACGGGCGGACAUGGUGAUUUCCGCAACGCUCACGACCACCCAGACUGCGCCGGGUCGUUCGUGUCUGGUCUCGGACGCGUCGCGGAUGGCGUGCCAGAGUGUUUGCGCGUAGGGCGAGACGAGAUCCGUUGCGGCGCGGAUUUCCUCAAGAUCAUGGGCGGCGGCGGGGUGGCCAGCCCGACCGACAAGCUCGAGCACCAACAAUACACGCCGGAGGAGAUACAAGCGUUUGUGUCUGUGGCUCGCAACGCAGGUACCUACGUCACUUGCCAUGCAUACACCCCCGCGUCGAUCGAGCGCGCCGUCAGCAACGGGGUGAUGGGGAUUGAGCACGGGAACCUGAUCGAUCGACCGACUGCCCGUUUGAUGGCGGCGAAGGGGGCCUUCCUGACUCCGACUCUGAUCGCUCUGCGCGCUAUGGCUGACGAAUCUCUGUUCAGCUUCCUCCCCCCGGAGAACAGUGUGAAGAACCUCAAGGUGCUACAGUCGGGACUGAACGCCUUGAAGCUGGCCCAGGAAGAGGGCGUCACGCUCUGCUACGGAUCCGACCUUCUCGGUCCUUUGGGCAAGUAUCAGGCGUUGGAGUUCCAGAUCAGAUCCGAAGUUCUCUCCGCGGUUGAAAUCCUCCAAAGCGCAACGAUCAACCCCGCCCGCAUGAUGGGCUUGACAGACGUCGGUCAGAUCAAGGCCGGAUUCCAAGCGGACCUGCUCAUCGUGCGGUCGAACCCGCUGGAGGACAUAACGGUCCUUUCACGACCGGAGACGGAGGUGGUGGCGGUGUUCAAGGACGGGAUACUGUGUCGGGACGAUACUCAGGACCUUGGAGGUGGUUUAUUAGAUUCCUGGGCAAAACUGUAA